AUGAAGAGGACUGUCUGCAAGCGAACACAGAGUUUUGGAGUAAAAAACCUCUGUAACCAAAGCAAUUUAGAACUGCAGAAGGAAGAUGUCGUCAGACCUAAAGGGCGCCUAUACAGAAGUAUUUCCUGUCCAUGUCUUAGGCCGUACGGGAACGACCGUCCCGUUCACAUAAAACGAGCUGCAUCUGCCGCCAGCCUAAAAGAUAUAGCUCCUAAAUUCAGAAUGCCUGGCGUAGUAUUCAAUCAAAUAACGCCAAACUUUAUGCAGUUACGAACUGCGUCAACAUCUUCUGCCAUGAAGGAUAUAACUAGCGUAUGUGCCUGCCCCUGCGCGCCGUGCGGCCCUAAUUGUCUUCCACCACCUUGUAAUACUCCUGCUAAAUGUCUGCAGUAUAUGACUGGUUAUUAUUACUAUCCCUAUGGUACUUGGUUUUGUGGACCUUACCAUAUUUCUACUGGACCGUGUGGUCCUUGUGCCGGUCCAGUUAGACCUGAGGGUUGCGGUGGCCCUGCGCCGCCUUGUCCCGGAGGUCCGUGUGGUCCUGCAUGUAUCGGACCUUGUAAGCCAUGCGGCCCGUGCAUAUGUGGCCCCUGUGGCUCUUGUGGUCCAUGCGGGCCCUGUGGUCCUCUAAGUUGUUGUGGUUUCUGUGGCAUGGGAAACUCUUACCAAAAUUAUCCCCCUGGAAGUCCAUUCGACUUCUCAUCGUUUAAUGCUUAUGGCUCGUAUGGAUCGUAUGCCCCGCAUGCACCGCCCAUGUUCCCUAAUCAGCCCAUGCAACCGAAUUAUGGCCCACCAUUUAAUUUUCCACAACAAGCACAACCACAACCACAACCACAACCACAAUAUGGUCCAGUGAAUUUGCCAGGCAAUCAUUUUGGACCAUGCUAUGACGUCCCUAUGCCUACGCCGAUCCCAAUAGAAUCUUUACCACAGAAUCCCUUCAUGCCCCCACCCGCAAACGCCCCGAACCCUGGUCAAGUGCGCCCGAGUUACAAUUUCGCCAAACCCACACUAAAGGAAACGCCGACAACCGAAAACCUUCGUUCGGCUCCAUCGAUAGACGGCCCAUGCCCAAAGAACCUAACACCAAAAACCUUACGGACUUCACCGCUGUCGAGGUAUGAGAACAACUUGAAAAUGGGUGCGUCCAAUCGUCAACCGAGAAUGAAUGGGCGCGCUCUACCACAUAUCACCAGUUUCAUGUGCCACUAUUCCACUGGAAGCAUGAAGACUAGUGCCAUAGAGGAAAGUAAACUUGAAAUUGAAAAUGACAGAAAUAAAUCCAAUAUCUAUAGGAUAAAUUCAGCAAAAACUUGCAAAGGAUCCUGCAAGCCCUUCUGCCAUUGGUGCCUCUUGAAAGUAAAAUAA